CAUAGUUUGAAACCUACGGAUUCUUCUCUGUCGUUUCUUCGCUUCUGGAUUUUGAUUCUCCGACUUUCAACGAGAACUCAGUGCGUCGUCUCUCUCUCUCGCUCUCUUUCACCUUGGCCUUAUCAAAAGGUUUUGGUUAUGGCGACGAAGAAAGUGAUAGCUAUAUGUCAGUCAGGAGGAGAGUUUGUAACUAAUAAAGAUGGAUCAUUAGCUUAUUCUGGUGGUGAUGCUUAUGCCAUAGAUAUUGAUCAGGACACUUCUAUGACCGAUUUUAAAUCAGAAUUGGCGGAGAAUUUCGGGUUUAGUUGGGAGACAAUGACACUCAAGUACUUUCUCCCUGGAAACAAGAAAACCUUAAUUACUAUCUCUAAGGAUAAAGAUUUCAAACGCAUGGUUAGCUUUUCCGCAGACGCAGCAAAUGUCGAAAUCUUUGUCUUACCCGAAGAAGCCGAUGCUAGGAAUGUCUCCAAUAUGCCAGCUAGUAGGUCAAGUAGGACAACUGCAUCAGAAGCAGUGGUACCUGUAGUGUCUGCAGGAGAUAUUGUUGUGGGAGAUGAUAUGAUAACAAAUGAUUUUCAGAUCGAAAUGGGAAUGCUGCCUGAAGAAAGCAGCCCUUUGCCGUGCAAUUUUGAAUUGACUGAUGAGAAACAUCAUAUAAAAGCAGCACAGCAGUGGGAAAACGCUAUUACGGGUGUUGAUCAAAGGUUCAACAGCUUUACAGAAUUCCGAGAUGCGUUGCACAAGUACUCGAUCGCACAUGGGUUCACUUACAAGUACAAGAAGAACGACAGCCAUCGUGUUUCAGUCAAAUGCAAAGCUCAAGGUUGUCCAUGGCGUAUCACUGCAUCAAGGCUUUCGACCACUCAGCUGAUUUGCAUUAAGAAAAUGAAUGGAAGGCACACGUGUGAGAGGGCGGUUGUGAAAGCCGGUUACCGUGCUAGUAGAGGUUGGGUUGGAAGUAUCAUAAAGGAGAAGUUGAAAGCUUUUCCGGAUUACAAACCAAAGGAUAUUGCAGAGGAUAUAAAAAGAGAGUAUGGGAUUCAACUGAAUUACUCACAGGCGUGGAGAGCUAAAGAGAUUGCCAAAGAGCAGCUUCAAGGUUCUUAUAAAAAGGCAUAUAGUCAACUUCCUUCUUUCUGCGAGAAGAUCAGGGAGACAAAUCCUGGAAGUAUUGCUAUUUUCAUGACAAAAGAAGAUUCGAGUUUCCAUCGGCUUUUCAUAUCGUUCUAUGCAUCAAUAUCUGGGUUUAGACAAGGUUGUCGCCCUCUCCUUUUCCUUGACAGUGCCGACUUAAACUCUAAGUACCAAGGGGUUAUGCUUGUUGCUACAGCUCCUGAUGCCGAAGAUGGAAUAUUUCCAGUAGCUUUUGCGGUUGUGGAUUCUGAGACAGAAGAUAACUGGGUCUGGUUUUUGGAGAAUCUCAAAUUGGCAUUGGCUGAUUCCCGGACAAUCACAUUUGUUGCAGAUUUCCAAAACGGUCUGAAGACUGCAUUGCCUCUGGUAUUUGAAAAGCAACACCAUCAUGCCUAUUGUCUGCGCCACCUCGCCGAGAAAUUAAAUAUGGACUUGAAGGCUCAGUUUUCUCAUGAAGCAAUACGGUUUAUACUCAAUGAUUUCUAUGCUGCUGCUUAUGCGACACAACCUGAGGCAUAUUACCGUUCCUUGGAGAAUAUAAAAAGUAUUUCCCCUGAUGCUUACGCUUGGGUUAUUGAAAGUGAACCGCUCCAUUGGGCAAAUGCUUUGUUUGAAGGGGAGAGAUAUAACCACAUGAACUCCACUUUUGGGGUAGAUUUUUACAGCUGGGUUUCUGAAGCACAUGAGUUGCCCAUAACCCAAAUGAUAGAUGAACUUAGAGCAAAGUUGAUGCAAUCGAUUUAUACCCGUCAGGUACAAUCCCGGGAAUGGGUUGUUACAACGCUAACACCAACCAACGAGGUGAAGCUACAUAAAGAAAUAGAACUUGCAAGGUCACUUCAGGUUUCAGCGCCUCAUGUUUCCGCGACUCAUACUAGCUUAUUCGAGGUUCAUGGUGAAUCCAUCAACAUAGUUGAUAUCAAUCAGUGUGAUUGCGACUGUAAGCUGUGGAGACUAACAGGUUUACCGUGUAGCCACGCAAUUGCAGUGAUUGAAUGCAUCCAAAAAAGCCCUUAUGAGUACUGCUCCAGUUACUUCACCUUAGAGAGUUACCGUUUAAUGUACGCCGAGUCCAUUAACCCUGUCCCUAACACAACAACAAUGAUGAUGUCGGAGGAGCCGCCUAGUGAGGGUGUUGUUUCAGUGACACCACCGCCCACGAGACUAACACCACCGGGCAGGACAAAGAGUAAGCAAGUGGAGCCACUGGACAUGGUCAAGCGUCAGCUCCAGUGUAGCAACUGCAAGGGUUUAGGACACAACAAGAAGACCUGCAAAGCUUUAGCUUUAGUAUAGAGGGAGACAGGACAAAUUGUACUUAUAUAGCUGAAUUUGCCCAACAUUUUGGUUUUGAUUCUUCUGUUUGUUGGAAUUUUGAAGUGUGAUUUAGAGGGUAAAAAUCUCCAAGAUAACAAAUUUUGCAAUACAUU